AUGAUUUUAGGUCAGCCUGGACCAGCAGGAUACACUCAUCUAGCCGAUCCUAAUGCAGCUUAUUACUAUGGUAACGUGGACCCAAACAUUCAAGGAAGGUUACAGGGUCCAGUCGGUUGGCCACCUCAGAGCUAUCCACCUGGUCCAGGAGUGGCUGGUCAGCCAAAUGCCCCCAUGUAUCAUUCAGGGAUGCGACCAGGAGCAGCCAUGCGACCGCCGUUGCCACCACAAAUGAUGCAGCAAGGUCAGGUAUUAGAUGAACAACAGAGGUAUGAAGAACAACAGCGACAGCAUUACUUUCAUCAACAGCAGGCAGCAUAUGCUGCUCAUCAGUUACCUCGAACAACGACUCCAUCAUCAACCUUACAGGUCGAAAGUCAGCAAGGUCAGGGUUCACAAAGUCGAGCUCCCAGCACAGGCCCACCUUUGGCUGCCACUCCAGAUAGUAGUAGCAGACAAUCUAUAGAAGAGAGUGUGCCAUUGCGACCACCAAGUCAUCCGCAGCAAGUACCAAAUGCGGCAACUCCUUGUAGCAUUCCUCCACCCAUGCCCUCUCAACAACAAACUACUGUUCCAUAUUAUGGCCAGUCCCACGUACCUCAAAUGUACGGUACAGCUGGCUUGAGACCUGGAGUGGGACCACCUGGAGCAUUGCCCAUGAAAGCAGGCAACUAUCCACAAGCAUAUUCUCAGUCGCAACCACCAGGCUACACCGGUCACACUUAUCCUGAAAAUUAUCAAGCAAUGCAUCCUGGUGUAACACCUCAAAUGUACCAGCAGCAAAUAUGGAAUUCGCAGCAGAUGCAAAGGUAUCCAGGACCUCAUGCCAAUAUGCCAACGUCAUCUUCUGUUGCUAAUGCUCAGAUGAGUUCUGCAAUGGUCCCACGGGUCUCCGGAAGUCUACCUCCUGAAAUGCAGCAACAUUAUGCUGCAAGACGGCCUCUUUUUUGCCUUCAAACCCCUGGGCCACCUUUGCCCUCUGCUGUUCCAGGAACUGCUGCACGAUUAAGAGCUAGUUUUUACUUGUGUUAUUGUAUGUAUUCAGCACCAUCUAAUUCGGCAACUCACCAGCAGUUGCAGCCACAGUAUCCAUCACAUUCUUUGGUUCAGAGUAACCGAAUGGUUGUGCCACAGUCGAGCCCUUACCAUGCCCACAUAGGACCAUCAACAUCAGCUGGAUUUACGGGGAUACCUGUGGCAGCCGGAUCAGUGGGGCAGUCGAAUGUGGGGUUAACCGUUCUUGCAGGUGGCAUGCCGCAGCAGCCCAGUAUGGCUCCUAGUCCUGCGACGAGUAAUGCUAUGGUGCAUCCUCCUUUCACGCACUUUACUCAGUCUCAACCAAUGCAAUUCCCAGCUGGAAGUGUAGAAGCUACGACCAUUAGUCAGCGCAGGAGGCCAAAAUUAUUGAUGAAAGAUUUGAUACGAGUGAGUCCAAAGCGUAUAACUAUGGCCCUUCGCAGCGGUAUGGAAACGGAAGCUACUUGGGCACUCAAUGCACUCAACGUUAUGCUCUACGAUGAUUGCGCCCCACCAACCAUCCUUAGUCAGUCUCCUGGACUUCUGAACGUACUUGUUGAGCACUUAAGAGCGCUCUUAUCUCUUCUUUAUCCUAAAAUUUUCAAGGUUGGUGAAGAAUCAAAAGUACGAACUGUGAACGAUGAAGAAGAAGAUUUUUGGCCAUCACCUUCACCAUCGAAUCAUACUGUAGUACGUUCAUUGGUUAGUCCGCGGAACUCGAGAAAUGAGCCAACAAAUUUCACAAAAAUAUCGCGUACAGGUCGGGCAGUGCAUUUGGAGAAAAAAGUAGAUCCUGAGUGUCUGAAGCGGUCUAGACCUAGCGAUUGGUCGUGUGAUGUAUUAGAUGAGACUCUUUUACCGGAUUAUCAUGUUUCUCGGAUGAUAAAUGGCCUUGGAGGAGAAACGUCUUCAUAUCUAGCUGCUCGCUUGACAAAAAUUGUAGAGUUUAAAAAACAGCUGAAAAAGCCAAAAUUUUUUGUGAAAGAAUCAUAUGCAACUAAAAAAGAAGAGGUGGACAUCAAUGAGACAACAUACGACAGCAAUGUGGAUAAGUCAAUGCGAAUUAUUCCGUCUGAAUUGAAAAAAUAUGAUGAUGAAGAUGACUGUAAAAAAGUUGUCGAGUUGAAGACAGUGCGGCCAACAGCAUUAUGUGUCCCUGAUGAAUCACGAUCAGAACUUGUAAAACGUUGCUUAGCAGUUUCGAAUGCUUUGCGGGGGUUGUCAUUUAUUCCUGGUAACGAAGGAGCAAUGGCUCGACAUGCGGGACUGCUGUACCUCAUUGGAAGGCUGUUACGGCUAUAUACUGAUGAAAGAACUUUGAAACUUCCAGGAUCAUUUGUAAAACAAUUAAUGAACCUUGAAGAAAUUUUACCAAUACCAGUUGCUGGCUCAUUGUCAGAAGCGAACCGUCGUUUAAUGGAGCCUGGAGAUUUACUUGAAUCAGAUGAUGAUGAUGCAUUGUUACUUUUUGAAACUGCAUGUCAGUUACGGGAGGAUGCAUUUGUUAUUCUGGUUCAUAUCAGUGUGCAGGCGCGUCAACUUUUGGAUCUGAUCGAAUUUGAAUCAGAUAUCGCUUGGCCAAUAUUUGAUGCUCUCAUUUAUUGGUGUGUAAGCAAGUGUGCAGAGGCGAAAGAUCCAUUGAUUUCAGCUAGCGUGUCUCCAAGGAAUUACGCACUGGAAGCUUUGUGCAAGUUGUCGGUAAUCGAACAUAAUGUUGAUCUUUUACUGUCUACGGGUCCAUGGUCACGUUUGGAAUGUUUCAUAAAAAUUUUAGUUGCAUUGCUAGCGCUAAAUGAAGAUGUGCCGAGCAGAGAGUUUGCCAUUGUAAUACUUUGUGCAUUAUGCACUAUUUCUGAACAGACUUGCUACGUCGUUGCUGCUGAGUCGCCGGCCAUACAUUAUUUAGUGGCAUUCCUUGAAAUGGGCGAUGCCAACAUGCAUCAGAUCGCUCAACAGCAUGGGAUUCAGGCACUUAGAGAUAACCCAGAGAUGAUGGGUACCUCGGUUCCAAUGUUAAGAAGAGCCGCAUCUAUUCUUCAGCAACUUUGCAAAGUGCCUGCAUGCCGGCAGCAUCUCUUUCGACACCAACAAAGAUUGUUGCAGUUCACAAUGUCGCAUUUGAUGGAUUCGCGAGUCGGUCAAACAAUUACCAAUGUUCUUUAUGCGAUGCAUCAUUUUUCGAGCAAGAAUGGAAAUAACAGGAGUAAAAAAGAAGAGCUAGAUGAAGAAGAAUGUCAAGGAAAAAAUGAGAGCAAAUUGAACGUAAGGACGAAUGGUGCUAUGAAACUUUUGAAAGUUGAGGCUGAGACGGAUGCUCUUCCAGAAAGUAAUUCUAGGAAACGCCCAGCUGAACACAAUGGUGUCUCCAAAGGAUUAGUGGAUAAAGCGGAUACCAGUGAGGAUCUUGUUAAAGUGGUGAAAGAUGAUUUGUCGGUACAACCGUCUAAAAAGCAGAAGUUGGAGAAUGGUCUUUUAAAUUACCAUGCAAGUAACAAAAAUCACACUACAAGCAGUUCAUCUACGAAUCCUUUGAAACCUUUAGUGAAUGGUGAUGUGAAAGUAGCAGUUGCACCAAUUCAAGCUGUAUCAAGAAGCACUUCUGCAGCUUCGACUGGUUCAGUUCAGGCAGUCGCAUAA